AUGAGCUUUUUGCGGUUUUUCGUUGGUGUUUUAACGGUGACGACGUUGACUGAGAAUGGGAAACACACCGUCCUAGUAAUAGAAUACGGCCCCCUCUCCCCUUCCCCUAGCAUCCUCCUCCCCCACGACUCCCACAUCUCCCACCCCUCUCGCCUCUACAACAUAACCUCCGUCCCCAACCCCAGCCUCAACAACGCCACAACCCGCGUCUCGGUCAACGCCCUCGUCGGCGGCGGCAGUGCCGUAAAUGGCAUGACCUUUGACCGCGGCAGCGCCGCCGACUACGACGCGUGGACCGCCCUCGGCAACUCAAACUGGACCUUUAACUCGCUCCUCCCGUAUUUCCGCAAAAGCGUAACAUUCACGCCGCCCAGCGCGGCGGUUGCCGAAAAAUAUAAUUACACAUGGGAUGUGGAUGCUGCGUAUGGUGAGAAGGGCGAGGUGCAGGUGAGUUUUCCGCCAUACCAGUUUCCGGGGCAGCAGCCGGUGUGGGAAGCGUUCAAGGAGAUGGGGGUUGAGAAGCCGAAAGAGGCAGCGGGAGGAAGGGCCAUGGGCGCGAUUAUCAUGCCCAGUGCGUUGGAUCCAGUGAAAAGGACGAGGAGUUAUGCUACGACGGUGCAUUAUGAACCGUAUGCGCAGAGGAAGAAUUAUGUGUUGUUGACGGGGUGGCGAGGGAUGGAGAUUCUGUUCAAAGAAGGGGGUACGGACUUGGAGGUCGAAGGCGUGCAAGUCAAGAGUAGGGAGACAGGAGAGAGUGUUGUAGUGAGGGCGAGGAAGGAGGUCAUUAUUGCCACUGGAGCAAUCUGGACACCGUGGCUACUCCAGCGAUCCGGUCUUGGACCAAAGAGUAUCCUGGAAAAGGCCGGUAUACCACUAAAACAACACCUCCAAGGUGUAGGAGCCAACUACGCCGACCACGCCUUCGGUGGUGGCGUCUGGAAUUACACCCUCAAUCCCUUCACCCCGGCGCAACAAGACCUCCUCACAAACGCCACUUUCUACGCCCAAGCAGAGAAGGAAUACAAAAAUUCCCGCACCGGACCCCUUACAGUCGCCCGUGGGAACCAAGCCGCUUUCCUCCCUUUACGAACCGUAGACCCAGAGAAUUGGGCAACCCUCGUCUCUGAAAUCUCCUCACAGGACCCAACACCCUACCUCCCAGACUACUACGACAGCACCCUCCAUGCGGGCUUCAAGGUGCUUCGGAACCUCACUGCUUCCUACCUCGCCCGUUUCGACGCCGCAACCUACGAAUUUCCAUUCUCCGCCGGCCCCCUAAGAUUCGCAGUCUUGAUGCGACCGCUUAGCCGAGGCACCGUGGGCAUAAUCACCACCGAUCCCGCCAACCAGCCAGUCCUAGAUUUCCGCACCUUGUCAAACCCCCUAGAUGUCAAAACCGCCAUUGCCGGUUUACGCUUCAUGCGCCGCUUCCACGCCUUGCCCGCUUUCGCCCACGUGGGUGCCGUGGAAGUAGCACCGGGGUUAAACGUCACCAGUGACUCUGAACUAGAGGCUUAUCUAAGAAGAGCUUUUACGCCUACGUUUGCGCAUCCGUCGGGGACGGCGGCUAUGUUACCGAGGGGGCUGGGGGGUGUGGUGGGGCCUGAUUUGAGGGUGCAUGGGGUAAAGGGGUUGAGCGUGGUGGAUGCGAGUGUGAUUCCGUGGUUGCCGGCCAGUCAUAUAUGUACGACGGUUUAUGCGGUGGCUGAGAAUGCAGCGGAUUUGAUCAAGGGGAGGGCGGGGUGGGAAUAG